CACUUAACACAUUUUUGGCUAGAGGGGCAUUUUGUACAGUACUUAAUUGCCCUCUUAAGUGAGUGAGUAGAAAGAAGCUUUUAGUUAUAAGAUUAGUUAUAAUGUAAAGAGAAUUUGGGGAUAUAGUUUCUUUGCCUUGUAGGCUGAAAGUGACUUUGAAGUAGUUUUGUAGAGUCCCAAAAAUUACAAGGUUUUUUGUGUUCUAAUGUGAACAAUCAAUCCAUGGUUUAUGCUCACAAAUAAGGUAUUUGAAUUUUAGGAGGAUGAAAGUAAGGGAAGUUAGCGCAUUUGUCUGUGGGUGAAUUUGUUCUUGGUUGUGUGAUGAAAUCACACACUUUUGUGAUUUUGUAUCACAUGGUUUGUGAUUCAAAUGGUUAGGUGGGAGGGUAGCCAAUAGCCAAGUGAAAGUGUUUGAGUAGAAUGUAAAGUUUUUUAAAUUGUUGUGGGAGUGAAUACAUAUUUAUGAACAAGAGUGGUAGUAGAGCUAGGGGUGUCAAUCGGGCUGCCCGACCCGGCCUGGUCCAAAACCCACAAAACUCACUUGCUAUUUAAGCAUGACCUAAUUCAGCCUUUGAAAAUUUUGUGUUUAUAUUUCAAAGUCCGGUUCGACUCUAAAAGAGCUAUAAAAAUUUUGGAUUUCUUUUUAAAAAAUAAACUAAAAUUGAAUACAUUAAUUUUAAAAUCAAAAAUUAACUUAAUUCUAACUUAAAAUAAUCGUCUAUAUGUUUAUUAAAUCCAAAACUAAAAUAAAUAUCUUACCUAAUAAACCAAAUAAAUAGUAACAUCGAAUAGAAAUAAAGCAAAAUCUUAUCAGCUCUAAGCAGAAGAAACUAUAACAUCCAGAUUAGUGAUGUUAUUCACUGACUUCCACAUUGUUGUCGUUAUCAAGAACUACAUAUAACCGUCGUCAAGAACUACAUAUAAAAUAUAAAAUAUAAAAUAUAUUGAUUUUAAUGUAUAUAUCAACAUAUGAUAAAUUGCAUGAAAAGUCAUAAGCUUAAUAAUUGGGGGUUGAUGUGUCUUUACCUUGAUCCUAUAAAGGGUUAUAUACUAAAAUGUGGAUAUGGAAAUAUGAGGUGUAGACAUCAAAAUUGUGGACAUGUUAAGUUAUGGAUGGACGAUAAUAGAAAAGAACAACGCAUGUAUAUGUUUAAGUGGACAACAUGUGUCCAUGUGAAGAAGUUAUAUGGAUGAAUGCGACGGGUUAAAUUGCAAAUCAGACAAGAACACAUCGUCGUUACAUUUAUUACAUCUUAUCACAACGACUUUGCUUCUCCAUCUUUCCUCUACUUUGCAGCUUUCAUUACAUUACAUCUGUGUCACCUUAUAUAUAACGUGAAAAUCAAAUAAAUUAAUUAUCUAGUGACUAGAUAAUCAAUAAACUCCGAAUAGAAAUGUUAGAAUUAGUAGAGUAAAAUAAAUAUUGUAUUUUGUUGCCUUCGAGUUAAUGAAGAAUCACGUGAGUUCCCCACAGACAUAUAUGUUUUCUGGAGCAAAGGAAAAUUGGCAUAGUUCUAUUACAGGUACGUUUACCUUUCUCUAGUUUCUGGCCCUAAUAAGUCUUUUUUUUUUUUUUUGUUACGUAUGUGAAUUUUCAUUAAAUCAAUAAUGAUGCAGAGAGAUACAUUCAGCUUGAUGAAUCAAAACCUAUUGUAUCUAAGUCGCUACUCAAAGCAAGUGUGUCUUAGGGAGCUACAAAAAAAAGCUAAAAAGAACUCACCAAGACAAACAAAGUUUCAAUCGCAGCCAUAUGGAUGUGAUUAAAGCUUGGCUAACAUUAUGGUUCAAUUGACAACCAUUAAGUUAACAGCAGACCACAGCGAAUAGAUUGAUGUCGGGACCUGCAUCAAAACCGCACGAGUCCAAAGAGGUCACAGCCAGAGAACAGUCUGAGGGACCGCAUACCGUCCCGAGGGCGACUCCAACCGUGGAACAGGCGAAGCAGGGUCGGCAAGUCCUGGUCCGGCCAUUCCUAACCAGUGAAGUCCACUCCAGACACUGCUAGCUCAAGAAGACGGCAAGCUGCACUCCUGAGAAUCCAAACCGAUGAGGAGGAACCAGCAGAUGAAACACAGGUGGAAUACUGGCAGAUGGAAGCAGAGGUUUAUGCGGCUGAACUCCGGUCCCAUCCCGCGAGCAGAGCACAAAAGGUAACCGGUUACAGAACAUCAAGAGAGGCAGGGGACAGUGGCUAUCAACCUUCUGAAACUUGAGAAGCGGAGGAACAAGAAGCUCCCAUCAGCAGGUAGAAGAGGAGAAAAGACCCAUCGAAUGGAGUAGGGACAUAGCAGAGCAACGGCACGAAAGCUCUGAGUCAACCCAAACCCCAGACAGUUCUAAAACCUAACUAGGCGCCAUGGUGAUUGUCGAAGAACCAAACCAGAAAGAAGUCCGCGACGAUAAGCUUUGAUAUCGUCUUUUUAACUCAGAACGAGAGAGGGAAGUUCUUAUCAUUAGCAGCCGGAAGAGGAGCAAGGGGAGACAGACGAGGCAGCGACAAGAGAGGCGAAAGCAACGACGCUCAGCCACUCCGUCGGACCCUCCAAGAGAGAAACUGACCCAGAUCCGCUUGAAAUCAAACCCUAGAUCUACCACCUAGACGGUGCCUCCUGCUCAGAUCCGACUAUCCACAUCCUCGCCAUCACUCCAGGGAGACCGAGGACACACUCAGUCACCGCUUUGAUUUGCCGGUUCCGACCGCAAACCGACGAAGAACCAGAGAAGAAGAGCAAGGAGGAUAUGGAGAAAUCGAGGCUAGAGAGGGGAUGAAGCUGGACUCAGAAGCGAUUGGGGUGGCGACAGACAGGUAGAUACCCUCCGUCGGCCACCAGAACGAGAAUCAGCGGUGGCUUUGUCGAGUAGAAGAUGAACGGUGGGGAGAGAAAGAAAAGAGAGAAUCCACUCUCACCUCUCUCUAACUUUCCAACUACGUUUUUAAGCCCUAAUAAGUCAUACUCUUGCCAUAACUCAAUAUCUAACCAUUUGGUGGAUAGCUAUAUCUUGUUGUGUUAUGGCUGGUUGUUGAAUAGAAAUAUCCCUUUUCACUCGAAGUCUUUGUUUCCUAAAUGUCGUGCCUGCAUUAUUAAGUUAUAAUUGAAAUUUAUAUUUCUUGAUGCACAGGUUUCGAUGGGAUAUGGAACUAUUACAGCUCAUUCACUGAUGGGGUUGGAAGCUCGUGGGACUCUCUUUGUGUCUCCGGGACUGGAAUCAUACGAUGGCAUGAUUAUCGGUGAGCACUCACGAGACACAGAUCUUGAUGUUAACCCGGUUAAGGCCAAAGAGCUUACCAACAUUCGCUCUGUUAACAAAGACGAGAAUGUGAAGCUAUCUCCACCUCGCCUCAUGACACUUGAGGAGGCUAUAGGAUACGUUGCCUCAGAUGAACUUAUUGAGGUUACUCCAAAGACGAUUAGGUUGAGGAAGAGAUGUCUAGACGUUACCAAGCGUAAAUCACAGAGCAAACGAGCCAAAGAGUAACCUUCCACCGGUGCAGUUUUUAGUAAAAGUUGGUUUGGUUUCUGGCUCUCUUUCUUGUCACAUUCUUACACAAAGAAAAUUAUUGAAUAUACACUAUAUACGAGGAAUAUUCAGAUUACAUAGAUCCAUAACUUAUACGCAAGAAGAUGCAUUCUUCUGUGAGUGAUUUACAAAUCACUCAGUGAGAGUCAGUUAAUGUGAUUUUAUUACACAAUAAGUCAAUUAUUGAAGUAGUUUUGCUAUGGUUG